AAAAACUUUAAAAACAAUAAUAAAUAAACAUCUGCUACUGCUGUUUGGCCUGCAGCUAUUCUUCUACAAUUCUGUGAUUCUACUAUAAUAAGUUACAACAAAUUAUAAUUUUCACUCGCAAGUCUCAAUUUUUUUGUAAACCAUAAUGCUAGAAACGUAAAAUAAUAAGUUCUUAUAAGUACUUUAAACGUCAAUUAUAUAAAACCGGAACGACAUUCUGACGUUUUUGUAUUAACUAAUUCAUUAUUAAUAUUAUAAAUUUUUUUUUUUUUUUUUAAUCAUUCGCUUAAAUCUUGAGUAUUUUUUAUUUUUUCGUUUACAUAUUGCAGUAUAACUAGGCAACAGAGAUAUGACAUACCUAUUACUGACUACUGUACAUACUGCUAUCAUCAAUUUAUGCAAUAAUGACGUCUGAAUGUCUUUUAAAUUAGAAAAUCCAUUAAUUGUGUUAACACCCUCACGCUAACAAUAGUUUUUGUAUGUAAUGGAUUCUCAGAAAAUUUGCAAACUAAAAUUCAGAAAACGGAAAGCUGCAUCAAAUAUUUCAUUUUGCGUGAAAAAAGAGAGAAACGCGUCAAAUAAAAAAGUAAGGCAUUUAUAAAUUAUGGUAAUUUAAGAAGUAAUGGUUUUAUAAUCAAACAAUGUAAGUUGUAAUUUAAGUAUUCAUCUCUUAUCUUUUCUUGUCACUCCACUCAUCUACCUAAGCAUUCUCAUCUUUGUUACACUCAUUAUCUGUUCUAUUUUUUUGUCUAUUACCCUAUACUCUGAACCUAAUAGCAUAGUCUGUCUCACCAUGCAAUUAUAGAACUAAAUUUAAGUCUCUUUGAAAUUCUCUCGUCAUAGUUUUAUCUGACAGUUCACUUAAUCCUAUUUUUCAAAUCCUUAUAAAAGUCACUGUUCUUUUAAAUAAAAGAUCCUAGAUACUUAAAAAUUUCAAUCUCACCUAUAACCAUUGCCAUUAGCUCUCUUGUCCUGUUCCUUCAAUCUUGUAAUCUGUUUCAAUUUUACUUAUUCUUAGUUCUUUUCUUUCAAGUGGUACUUUCUAUUUCUCAAGUAUUUCUCUGUUAACUUGUUCCAUAUUUUCUCCUAUCAAAGCUAUAUUAUCUGCAUACACUAUGGUACUUCCCUUACCCAUUGUCUAUGCACAUAUCUGAAAUUGAAAAAUUCAUUGAAGUCUUGUAUAGAACUCCACAUACUAUUUGGCAGAAUUUUACACUGGAUGUCGACUAAACACUUCCCCUCUUGUCACCUCUUACGACAUGUAGAGGUACUGUGGAAGUAUUCAAAUUUCCUUCCACCAGGAAUAAAAUCAACAAUUAACGGUUUUUUUAAUAUUAUAUCUUAAAAUGUUCAAAAACUUAUCCUUACCCACAUACACCUAAUAAUUGCUGAGGGAUUUACCUAGAAGUAAGACCUUUAAAUCAAUCUGGGUAAAUUUACCUACCUAUUAAUAUUAAAAUAUUUGCUUAUGGUUUACAUUUAUUUAAUAAUGUGCACUAUUUAUCUGAACAAAUAUUUGAAUUAAUAAUUACCUUCUUAUCUACUUCUCUUUUAUGGUCUUGAAUCUUGAUUGAGAUAAAUUACAACAAUUACUCAAAAUAGUACUGAACUAGUUAGUACCUAUAAUAAUAUUUGAUUAUAAUUUUCAAAAUAUACAAUAUUUAUUUAACAUUUUUUAUUAUUGAAUAUUCAACAUUUAUUUCUUUUUAUUUAAUUUAUAAGAUAAAACAUAUCCUCAAUAUGCCUAUAUUAUAUAGAAAACCUAUGUAUAUUAUUAAUUUGAGUCUAUGUAUCAAUAGGACAAAUUAUUUUAUCACAAUUGUAUGUAUUGUAAACCUAAUAUUACUAUUUUUGUUACCUAACUCAUAUGUAACUGGCAUACUCUUCAGUAGAAUAGGUACUUUAAUAAAACUUACCUUAAUAAACUGAAAUGUAUUAAAUAAAAAAUAUCAAAUUUGAAUGAUCAGAAAAUUCUUACAAUCUUUAUAAGUUAGCUAUAAGAAAAUUAUAAAUUAGUUAUAGAAUAUAUUUCUUUAAAUAAAGACCUAUAAUAUUUUUAGACACAAAAUGUAUUUAUAAGUGUUUACAACUUUUUUACUGUAAGCCGGUUAUAUUUAUAUACAGUGAUUUAAAAUGUAUGUUAAAGGUUUGACAGAAAUCAAAAUGUUCAACACUAAAAUUUAUUUAAACUAAUACUCUGUCUAUUUAUAGAAUUUUGAAUAAAGGUUCUCAUUUGAAUUUCUAAAGUUGAUGCUUACCCCCUCCUCCCUCCAAAAAUAUAGUAAAAAAUGAUCUACAAAUUAUUUUAGAUAUUUAUAAAUCAAAAAAUGUUUGGAUUAUACAUUUUUAAAUAUUUUAAAUAUUUACAUGAUAAAAUAGCUAUAACAUAAAUUUUAAAUCAACUUGUAUGUUUUUUCAUUCAAACCCUAAUUAUAAUUACAUAAGUAAAUAACAAUAUAACUAAACAAAAAAAUUGCAGCAACUUCUUUCAAAUUAAAUUUUUGUUCCAUAUUUCUUUGUAGUUAAUAUAGAUUGUAUAGUAUAUACUAUAUACAAUGUAUUUUUAAAAUAGAAGAUUAAUAAGAAAGUACUUGGGAACAAAAUAUGAUCUAUAAUAGAUAUAUUGAAUAUUUACAGAUAUUAGAAAUUAUUCAGAAACCAUUAGCCGAAAGAACCAUUGAUGAUGAAGAAAUACUCAACACAUGUAAGGAUACUGUACAGAAAAUCUCUCAAAGGUAUUUUCAUUAAUUUGUAUACUGCUUAUUAUUUAUAUAUAAAUACAUAAUAUUAUGUUAUAGGUACCUUUUAGUUUUUAAUAAACAAUUAUUUAGAGGUUACCUACAAAUAUCUUAAAUAUUUAAUAGAAACUCAUAUUUACACAAUUAAUUAUUUGACAUCAAGCACCGUUCUCACUAAUAUAAACAUUGAAUUUUAAAUGAAAUUUUUGAUUGACCAAUUAUGGUUGUUUAUCGGCCAUAAAAUCAGUUAAAAAAUCAGACACACACCUUUAUUUACAUUGAUGAAAGUGGCCCUUAUUCUUUUAAUAAUAUUAACAACAAUUAUUAUUGUAAUAAAAAAAUAAUUGUGAUUGGUGAUAAUGUUUUUAGGUUUGAUGUUUUUCAAAUGUUAAGUUCUUAAAAAAAGUAAUACUGGGUUUUUAAAGUACUUAUAUUAUAAUAAAUGUUGUUAAAGUAGUGUAUAAUAAAAUUUAUUUUAUUAUAAUUUAAGAAUUACACACUUGUGAUUCUAAUAUGUUAUCUAGCGCUUACAUGGUUUAAAAAAUCCUGUUAACUCAGAUCUGUUCAUAAAAUUAAUCAAGGUUCUUUUUAUAAAAUUAUACUUUAUUCUCAUUCUUCUAAGGGUGUAAACAUUAAGGUACAAUAGACUAAACAGAAAAAAAUCCCCGCAUUUAAUAAAUACUCGAUCUGCAUUUGCACUACACACUGUUAAUAACAUCAACUAAUCACUAACUAUAUGACAUCAGAACAAUAAUAAUUAUAAAAUAACAAAUAGAUUAUAAAAUAUUUGUAGAAAUAUGAGAUUUCUAGACUGAUUUGUAUUAUCGACAGCUGUUGCCGUGGUUUGCCCCUUUGUUCAUAUCAAGGUAUAUUUUGUUUCUAAAUUAAAUAGGUACUUACCUCAAAAAUUGGGAUAUCAAACAAAUAACAUCAUUUAUAUAGGUAGGUAUAUUUACUUAUUACUUAUAUAAGUAUGUGCUGUAUUUAAUUCACUUUGCUCACAUAAAUCUUGGCAGGGCACACUUUACCAAGGCACUCUUGUACUGUGCCCACUCUAUAUAGGGAAAAUCGGAGUAUUAAAAUGAUUAAUUUAAAUAUUGCCCAAUAUUUUCAGGCAUUGUGCACUAUGCCUGGACUUCUUACUUCUUACUUAUAUUAUAUAUAUUUACAGGUUAAUUAAAAGGUAAUAUGUAAUUGUUUUAUAUUUCAGAUUAGAUAGACAAAAGAAAUUAAAAGAGCGGUCUCAAGAAUUUGAAGACCCAGUUGAAGUUCUUGAUACAAAAUGUGAAGAACUAGCAAAAGCCAUUAUGUCUGCAUCCAAUUUAAUUGUUUAUACUGGAGCAGGAAUAAGUACAGCUGCUAAAAUACCUGAUUAUAGAGGCUCGAAUGGAAUAUGGACUUUAUUAGAUCAAGGCAAAGAUAUUGGGUAUGUAAUAACUAGUGCUUUAAUUUUAAUAAACAAUGUGUAUUCUGAUAACUAAUUAAUUAAUUUAAGCAAACAAUAAAUUUGCUUUCCCCGUGAAUUGCAAUUAAAUUAUUUGAUUUUACCACUGAAUUUAGAAUUUCAAUGAUUUUACAUAUUUUGUUAUAUAUGUUAUUGCUGAAAUACCAAAUAUAUUAUUAACACAAUUUUUAUAUCCAAAAAACUGAUAUGUUAUAUGAACUGUUGCGCAUAUUUUGCUAUUUAGUCUAUUUUUGCUCAGUAUUAAUGCACAUUGUCUUUUUUUCACAAUUUUGUCAUGUAUUAUUCAAUCAAAUUAACAUUUUUUGUGUGUUAAAACAAUUUUCUAAAUCCCAAUGCAAACAAAUAUUAUUUUAAUAUAUUUUGUGUAUUAAAAGCUAUGUUUGGUUAAAAAAAAAAUAGUGUAAACUUUUGAUAAUCACCAUCAAUUGUAUAACAAACAAAGCUCUUAUAUAAAAUAUUAUACAUUUAGAUGCCAUGACCUAAGCCAAGCAGAACCAACAUUAACACACAUGGCAUUAUAUCGCUUAUUUCGUGAAGGUCUACUUGGACAUAUUGUUUCUCAAAAUUGUGAUGGAUUACAUUUGAGAAGUGGUCUACCAAGACCAGCAUUGUCAGAAGUACACGGCAAUAUGUUUAUUGAAGUAUUUAUUUAUUUUAAACAUAAUUUUAUCUCAUUAUAUUUUUUAGUUCUUAUACAUAAUUUUAUUUCCUGUAUUUAACAUGUGUGCAAACUAUCUAUACAAUUAAGCCCACACCCAUUUAUUAAUUAAUAUUAAUACAAUUAUUAUUAUUUCUAAUACUCAUACAAAUUAAUCUUAUAGGUAUGCAAUAAUUGUAAGCCAAAUAGACACUAUUUACGAAUGUUUGAUGUAACUGAACAUACAGCAAGAUUUAACCACAAAACGCUAAGAUUGUGUUAUGCUUGUCACAAACCAUUAAAAGACACAAUUGUUCAUUUUGGUGAACGUGGUAAACUUCAGUGGCCUAUUAAUUGGUCAACAGCUUGUAAACAUGCUGAAAAAACGGAUGUUAUUUUAUGUUUAGGGUCAAGUUUAAAGGUAAUUUUUAAAAAGAAAUAUUUAAUUGUAAUAUAUUAUACAAUUAUUAGGAUUAAUAUUUUGAAUAACUCAGCCAUUUAAACUUUAUAAUUUAUUUCAUUGUCUUGGUUAGGCUAGACUUGAUAUUAUAUUUAAUAAGACAAAAAAUACUAAUAUUUAUACAUAUCUAAUUAGAUAUAUUUAUAUAAUAUGAUCCUAUAUGAUUAAAUAAUUCUAUUUUUGUAUUUAAUAAAUAUGAAAUGAAUAAUUUGUUUACUACAAUUAUAAAAUAUUAAUUAUAGUAAUUUUUAGGUUCUUAAGAAGUAUCCAUGGCUCUGGUCAAUGGAUAGACCAAUAAAAAAGAGACCAAAAUUAUAUAUUGUUAAUCUUCAGUGGACUCCAAAAGAUGAUCAAGCUACUUUGAAAAUAAAUGGUAUAGAAAUAAUAGCUCACUAAAUUAUAACAAAACAAAUAAUAAAAAUUAAAUAAUGUUUUAGGUAAAUGUGAUGAAAUUAUGAAAAAAGUAAUGUCAAUCUUAAAUUUGGAUAUACCUAAAUAUCAACGUUGUCUUGAUCCUAUAUUCCACCAUUCAACAAUGUUGUUAGCAGCUGAAGAACAUACAACUGUGCAUCCCAUAUUAGCUGUUCCAAUUGAUGAUGUGCAAAAAAAUGAUUCUAAAUUAACUAUUAAAAGUGAAAAUUUAGAAGAAGACUGUAAAAAUAAUACCAAAAUGUGUUCAGGAUCAAAAGACCUUAAUCAACCUAUUGAUCUCAGUUUAGUAAAAUUAGAAAAUACUUCCUCCAUAAUUGAUCAAAGUGAAUUACUUAGCCUUCCAUCGUGUUCGAAUAUGGAAAUUAUUCCAAGUAUAAAUAAUUUUUGGAGACCAUUUAUUGAAGGUGUUGAGCAAAACUCAUUAGACAAUCGUAAUAUAUUGUCAUUGGUUGAACCAAUUGUACCAUAUUUAAAUCCUUUUUUUAUUAAUAAUAUGGAAACCUUAGGAUUGUCUCCAACACCUGUUGAUCAGUUUUAUAAGAAUUUUGUAUAUCAAGCUUGUAUUGGAUUAGCAGCAGUUGAAAAAUUUCAAAUAGAAAAAAAGCUAACAAAUAAUGCCAGUAGAAAAAAAAAAGAUGUUAGUGAUGAUAAAGAUGAUACUAAAAAAACCGAUGUUUCUAUAAAUCGUUACUGUACAUUUUGCCAUCCAGUGUACGGUUCAACUAAAUGCUUAUUUUAUCAUCAAUAUGAGUCUAAGUUUAAAGAAGAUGUAGCUAUUUGUUUGUGUUGUGAUGAUGAUACAGAUGAAGAAGAUGAAGAAGAACUCAAGACUGAAGAAAUAACUGAUAAAAAUGAUGAAAUUAUAGAAAAAGCCAAAGUUACUGCUGGCUGGUUUGGAAAAGGAUAUAAGAAGAAAAUAAAGAAAAAAAAGUAGGUAUUAUUAAUUAUUUUCUCUUUUAGUUUAUUUUAAAAAUUAAUUUUCUCAUUCUUUCUUUGCCUUCCAGUAAUUAAGAGGAUGUUCACAUGUGCUGACUCCAUCCUACUACUACAUGAUAUAGCAAAUUUUUGUUCAACAAGGAAAAUUCUAUGUCGUUAGUAUUAAUAUAAGAGUGAAUUUAUUUAUUACUAAACUUAAAGAUAAGAACAUUAUUAUUAUUAUUAUUUUAACAUUUGUUACAAGCGAGCACAAGGUACAGAUAUGGAAUAUUCAUUGACUUAUAUUAUUUACAAAGGUAAAAACAAAUAGAAUAGGUGUGACAGUAGAAUUUAAUAAUUAAAUGGAAACAUAUUCGCUAAGUGCAUCACUCUGUGAAUGUGUUGAUUUUGUACGUAAUUGGUGUAGUGAAUAGAGACAUAAAAAGAGCCAAUGAGCAAGAAUGUAUAGAAGGUGCCUUAAAAUUAACUUUGUUUAGUAAAUCAGGCGCAUCGAUAAAGCUAUUUAAGAGUUGCCAAGUUAAGUUAUUGGUUUUUUUACAAGGGAUAUAUGAGUGUGAAAUAUCACAAUUUAAAAAUGCUAAUAUUUAACUUGAAAAUUAAAGUUAUGAAAAAAAAAUAACAAGAUAUAUAUAUAAUGUUCUUAUCUUUAAGUUUGGUAAUAGAUCAGUUUACUGUAAUAUUAAAACUAACUGCAUAGAAUUGUCCCUGCUGAACAAAAAUGUAUUAAUGUCAUAUGGUUAUAAGAUGGAGACAGUACAUUCAGUUCUAAAGUCCUCUUUGAAUUAUAAUUGUACAAUAAAUUGUUAAGUUUUAAGAAUUACCAAUGGUAUAAAUCCACCUAUAUAAUACAUUUAUUAUUCAAGAGGGUGUGAUACCACUAAUAAUUCAAUUUAAAAAACUAAUUUGUGCAUGUAAAAACUUUUCAGGCUAUAGACUUAAUUAAGAAACCAUUUUUUUACCAUUAAAAGAUCUUUGUACAUUAGUUUUAUUUUUUCGAUAUCACAAAGUUAUUACUAUGAUAAUUUAAUCUGAUAUGAAUUUUUCAUAUUCUAAUUACUUUUUCCUGGUUAGUGACUGAUACAAAAGUUCCUCUUUUUAUGUGGUAAAAAUUUAGUUAUGUGACUUUUCCCGCUCAAAAAUGUUUCUCUAUAACCUAUUUAGUUUUUUUUAUGAAGAUUACAUAAUAAAUACUUAAAAUAAUGACACGAGUUUUUUGAAUCGAUAAAUUUUAGUUUUUCUAAAAUGUAGAAAUUAAUUAAACACUAUCCCUUGAAUUCAGGUGGUGACAUAUCCUCUUGAUAUUUAUACGUAAUUAGACUUAAACUGUCAUAUUUUGAAUUAUUAUUAUAAAAUCAGAUAUAUGGUAUGGAAUUGGUAAAUUAUAAUAUAGUUAUGUAAAGAGUUAAGAUUAAUUCUAUCUUAAGUUUUUAAUUUGUUAAAACAAUUUCUUAAAGUUAGUGAUUUUACGAUCUGUUCAGUUCAGAUCAGGUUUUUUAAUAUUAAGAAAAGUUUAAUUCAACUUUAAAAAUCAGUGUUUGUUACAUCACUACUUAAAAUGUAUUAAAUUGAAAAAUUUUAAGCACACUAAGUUAUAUAGUAUUAGAAAAUCAACAUGUUCAAAGUGUACUCCAUAAUUCAAUAUUUUUUUAUAUUAUUGUACUGUUAGAACAGAUUUUUAAAAUUAGUAUUACAUUUGAUUUACUAAAGUGCAAUAAUGGAUUGUUAUUAUUUAUUAAAUACUAUAAUUUUUCAAUGUAUUUUUUUUUUAUUUGUGUUUUUAACUUUUACUAAGUAAUUCAUUCUAGAGUUUUUAGCAUUUUAGUGUUAACCAAAACCUACUACACACCCUUCCACAAAAAUUAAAGUACUACAUAAUUUGUAUUAUUAGAAAAAAAGAAGUAUACUAUCAAGUAUUAUUAUUAAUAUUGAUACAAAGAUGAUAUUUGUUCAUAAACCCACCAAAUUUUUUCCCGUGUUAGUCGUUAGUGUCACUCAUCCUUUAACAGCAAAAGUAAUUAAGUUUAUUUUUAUUAUUAUUAAUACAAAUAUUUGAUGAUUGUAAAACACAAUUUAUUUAAGAAGUAAUAAUAAUCAUAAUUUUUUACAAAAUACAAAUUUUCUUUAUAUGGUUAUAAAAUAAAAAAAGAAUUUUUACAAUCCUAGAACAA